AUGCCGGCCUGGCCCAGAAGUCUGCCUUCUAGUGUUGAAGCAGAUGUCAAGAAUCUCUUGGAAGGAAAGACCCAUCAUGAACUGGAGGCAUUGCAAUCCCAGAUAGAGUCACAGAUGCGUACUGGCAUGGCAAAGGUUGUUGAGUAUUGGGAGGCUGUUCUUAAACGCCUUCAUAUAUUGAAAGCAAAGACCUGCUUAAAGGAAAUACAUGCUCAAAUGCUGAGGACACAGUUACAAGGCCUUGAGCAACCUUCAGGACUGGAAUCUGAUCAUGGUUUAGGACCUGGAGAGGAGGAUAGUGAUCAUGAAGUUAAAGAUGCUGAAAUAUAUUCUCCACAACCCGUGGAAAAAGAGGCUGGAUCAUUUUCACCCCAACUGUUGCAUGGUGAUGAAAACCACGAAGAAGCUAUUGACCCUGAAGAGGACAGGGCUAUACUGGAGCAGCAAAGACGGAUACGAGAAGAUCACUCUAAGCUAAAAGCCAUGAAAGCUAUGGGAGCAAUGGAGGAGGGAGAUGCAGUAUUUGGCUCUGGUGCCCAAGUAAACUUGGAUUCACAGGUGUAUUGGUGGCAUGACAAAUACCGACCUAGAAAACCAAAAUAUUUCAACCAUGUUCACACUGGAUAUGAGUGGAACAAGUACAACCAGACCCAUUACGAUCACGACAAUCCACCUCCCAAAAUUGUGCUAGGAAAUAAGUUUAAUAUCUUCUACCCAGACCUUGUCGACAAGACAAAGGCUCAGGAAAUAAGUUUAAUAUCUUCUACCCAGACCUUGUCGACAAGACAAAGGCUCCUGCAUAUGCUAUUGAGAAGGAUGGAAAUAGUUCUGAGACAUGCAUCAUAAGGUUCCAUUCUGGGCCACCCUACGAGGACAUUGCUUUCCGGAUUGUAGACAAAGAUAAGAAAGGAUUUAAAGCCACAUUCGAACAUGGAGUUUUGCAUUUAUAUUUUAACUUUAAGUGCUAUCGCUACAGUAGGUGAUUGUCAUGGAAUCAUUACUCUCUCUCUCAUAAAUGCGCUUAUGAGGAUGUGUAGCACAUCCAUUUUUAAAGAGCUCAGGAUCUCCCAUUUCUGUCCGAUAUGGGAUAGAGGCACUUUCCUCGUGACAUGAUAUCUAUCUUGUGAUGAUAGUUGGCUUGAGUUGUACUAUGUGAAUAUUGUGGCAUCUUGUUAUUUGUUA